CUCUCUCUCUCUCUCGUCUUCUCCGCCUAGCAAAAUUUUCAGCUCAGACAACAAGAUCUCGAGUAAAAAAAGCUCUGAACUUUCGACAGCUUCAGCUCGAAAUUUCAUUCCCCAGCUGCCAUCCAGACUCCACUCACGCUUUUGUGACGGCUUAUGCACAGGUCGCCACCAACCAAGCUCGAAGAAGCAAAACCCAGGCGCGCAGAACUUGAAAGCAGGGAAUUCAGAGGAGAAAGGGAGGAAAUUUUAGGGUUUUGGUGAGUAGAAGAAGAAGAAGAAGGAAAUGGCGAAUCAGGGAGCUAAGAAGCGCAAGGAAGAGAACUCCCGCCACAUGGCUAAUCUACUCCGUAUCAUCAUCGCCUGCAAUGCCAUAUAUGUUGUGGUGAGGCUGCUUAUUUUCCAUUCGAGCUUCUCAUGGAAGCACUGGAUUGGCCUGACCCUGACAUCUCUUGCGUAUUACUUACCUUACCAACAACUUGCUUCAAUGGCGAAGCCUAGUUAUGGUGAUGAUGGGGAGCUUUUCGAUGGUGGGUUUGAUAUGAGCACUGGUGGAAUAUGUGGCUAUCUUCACGAUGUUAUCUACAUCACCAGCUUUGUGCAGAUUGCGUCCAUACUGUCUGAUAAGUUUUGGUACACUUAUCUUGUGAUACCGGCAUUUGGAGUGUACAAAUCUUCCGGAUUGAUCAAAGGAUUAUUAUCACAAUUCAUGCCACAAGGCUCCGAGGGAGCUGAGGAGGAUGAGAAGACUCGUAAGAAGAGAGAAAAGAUGGAGAGGAAAGCUUCACGAGGCAAGUUUGUCAAGACAAGAACCAGGUGAGAUUAGAUUAGGUACUUAGAUGAAGCUGAGUCCUCUUGAAGGUUACUUACAGUUUGUAGACAAGAAGAGUAGAUGCUGAACAAGCUUAGUCUAAGCUUGCUAAAGAGGGGGAAUAGUUGUUAGAAGUGAAAGCUACUUUCUUUCCGUUUACAUGUGUGAUGCGACUUUUGGCUUGGGAUGUAUGGCAGACUAAGGGGUCGUUUGGAAGUUGGAACCCGUUAUAUCUGAUUCUUAAGAAUGUGCGUUGUCUGAGAAUGUGUGCAUUCAAAGCAGGGGGGAAUCUGUAUAAUGUGCUUGUUUUGAAAAUGUGUGUACUUUUAGUUAGGAGAAUUUGUAAAUUAGUUGAUUGGAAGAAUACAUCAUUCGGGCAGGAAUUGGGUUGUAACUUGUAACUGUGCGGAGACAAAUAAGAAAAGGUAAGUUGGAUUUGAAAUGUUAUGCUA